UUGACUGUGCAGUGCUUGAUUUUCAAACCUGAGACUUAUUGGAUGUAAACAAUCGUGCGUUUAUGUCAAAAAUUUGUUUUUAAAGCUAAGGUAUAUUAUAAUAUUUUACAAGAAAGCGCGAUGUCUUCAAAGGCAAAGGGAGAAGUGAAGGAGAAGAACCAAAAUAUUCAUGUUGCAGUCAGGUGCAGACCUCUGAAUGGCAUUGAAAAGAAACAAGGAAGCUGCUCUGUCCUGAACUGUGAUCGUGCAAAGCGUGAAGUCACUGUGAAAGAAAGGUCUGGUAUUCACCCAUUUACCAAGACCUACAACUUUGAUCAUGUCUUUGCACCAGACUCACAGCAAAUUGAUGUUUACAAAGCUGUUGUUAAACCAGUGGUGGAAGAGGUGCUCUCAGGCUAUAACUGCACCAUAUUUGCAUAUGGACAAACUGGAACUGGUAAGACUUUCACCAUGGAAGGAGAAAGGAGUGAGAAUGCGUCAAUGGGCUGGGAUGAAGACCCGAUGACUGGUAUCAUUCCUAGAGCUCUCCACCAGAUAUUUGAAGAACUGCAGCGACAGACAGAGGUUGAAUUUUCUGUCCGAGUCUCUUUCCUUGAGCUGUACAAUGAAGAGCUGUUUGACCUUCUUGGCUCCACCAUUGACCCCUUGAGGCUUCGCAUCUAUGAAGACAACACGAAGAAGGGUUCAGUCAUUAUAUCUGGUCUUGAAGAAAUGGUUGUCCGCAGCAAAGAUGAGGUGUAUGAGAUUUUGCAGCGGGGAACUGCAAAGAGACAAACAGCUGCCACUCUGAUGAAUGCUGUUUCCAGUCGCUCCCAUUCUGUCUUCUCUGUAACAAUUCAUAUAAAAGAGAAUACCAUGGAUGGGGAGGAGCUUCUCAAGACUGGGAAACUGUAUUUGGUGGAUCUUGCUGGCUCUGAGAACAUUGGCCGAUCUGGAGCAGUGGAGAAGCGAGCUCGCGAAGCUGGAAAUAUCAAUCAGUCACUCCUGACGCUGGGAAGGGUCAUUACCGCUCUUGUUGAACAUGCUCCACAUGUCCCUUACCGGGAGAGCAAACUGACCCGCCUUCUCCAAGACUCACUGGGAGGACGCACCAAAACAUCUAUCAUUGCAACGAUUUCACCCGCAUCUGUGAAUCUAGAGGAGACUCUCAGCACCUUGGACUACGCAUUCAGGGCGAAGAACAUCACAAACAGGCCUGAGAUCAACCAGAAACUCACAAAGAAAGCUCUGCUUAGGGAGUACAAUGAGGAGAUUGAGCGACUGCGCAGGGAUCUCCAAGCUUCCAGAGAGAAAAAUGGGAUCUUUGUCGCUGAAGAAAACUAUGUGGCAAUGCAGAACAAAAUUAGCCAGCAGACUGAUGCCAUCCAGGAAAUGGAGGACAAAAUCACCCACAUGACAGACGAGCUAAAAAAUCUGACAGAGCUGUUCACGGACACUAAGGAGGAACUGACUGUGACAACGGAAAAGCUUGUGUCUACGACUCAGGUCUUGGAGGUCACCACAGAAACUCUGCAAAAGACAGAUAAAGAGCUGAAAGUUACAAAGCAGGACCGGGAUGAGCAGAAGUAUUUAGUGGAAGAGCAUGUGAAGAAUGAAGACAGCCUAUACUCCCAAGCUGAGCAGCUGCUGUCUACUGCUGAAUCCUCCGUGUCAGACGUUGGCGGACUACAUGAUAAAAUUGACAGGAAGAAAGCGGUUGAGGCCCACAAUGAGACAGCUUUUGCCAACUUCCUGAACACUUUCAAUGGCCACACCCAUGAGAUAAAGAGCAAUUUGUCCAGCUUCAAGACCAAAGUCAACUCUAUGACUGAAAAGUCAUGCAAGCAGCUCGAAACCCUUGUCACACAACACAAACAGCUGAUGAACGAAACUCAGGCCAAAGCCCAGGAAAAUGAGGAAAGAAUGGACAAGGAAUUGGAAAGAUUUGUGCUGUCAGAGCAGGACCUAAUUAACAAGAGAGACGGAUUUAUGAAUCUGACCAAAGAAGAUCUAUUGAAAAUAGUGGCAAAUGAGGCUCAACAAAUUUCACUUCUGAAAUCGGAGAUUUCUGCUAAAGCAUCUUCAAUGAAAGCUCAGCAUGAAAAAUAUGCAAGUUCUUUCGAGGAAUUCAAGACACUGCUAUUCAAACAGCGGGAUAGUGUGAAGAACCUGUUGAACACGCUUCAUGAUGAGGCUGUGUCAGAAGUGAAUCAGAUGAAAGUGGUAACCACAAGUUUUGUUGAGGAUCAGUUGAGGCAGAACAAAGAGGUGAAGGACUUGGUGCAGCAAACGAAGGAUGCUGACAGAAAACUUGAACAGCAAAUAAUGGAAAUCUUCAAAACAAGGUCAACUGGAUUUGAGAAUAUUUUCAAGAAGGUUGAAACUCAUUUGGAAACCAGUGGCCAGAAAGCAAACUCGCUGCAGUCAGAGAUGGAGAAAUGCAAAGAGCAGUUUUGUAGCACUCAUGCUGAAAUGACACAACAAGCUCAAGAAUUAGUAUCCUCUGAUACAGCCUCCAAUGUCAAAGUUGUGGAAGAGGCAAAAGACAAUUGCUCACAGACAGUUUCAACGUGUGCAGAGACUGAGACAAUGCUUAAUGACCUGGCUCAGGGCUCAACACAGCGAAUGGAGCAAUGUCGGGAGACUGUAGAGAGUAAGAUGGCCAAACUGUCCCACAUCAAUGAUGAACAACAGAAAAAUGCUGAAGAAUUUCACCAAACCCUGCAGUCAGAGUGGAAGAGAUAUGCACAGCAGUCAAAGCAACUCUCAGAGGACAUUUCAACCAAGCUCACAAAGGACACUGUUGAGAUUGAAGGUCAGAUUCAAGAGCAUCAAGCCAUGGAUGAAGAGAAUCUCUCACAACUGGAUCGUGAUGUGACUGAAGGAAAGCAGAUUGUAGAGAAUUUCGUGCAGGAAGAAGUGGCAAAGGAUGUACCAACAGGUCACACACCUCAGAGAUACGAGUUUAGAUAUCCACGAAACUUGACCAAGACCGACGACCAUAACAGACUUCUUCAGCAAUUCAGAGAAACACGAAGAGAGUCUGAUCCUAUCGUGAUGAAUUUGUCAUCGCAGCUUGAAGAGACUGGAAGUGACACGCAAUCUCCUGCGGCAUCUGUCGAGGACAUUCGUGGAAGUCAGAGCAACCUCAGCGAGGCGGGCACAGAGGUCUCUGUGAAAUCCAUGGCAAGCACAUCUGGAGUUUCCACCACCAGUCACAGGAGCAAGAUGUCUGAUGUGGACUCCAUGAAAGAAAACAAGGCUAUCAAGUCAAUGCGACCACCUCAAGGGACCUCAAAGAGGGCCAAAGCUCCAUCCAAGACUCCUUCUAAGACACCAACGAAAGGAUCAGUGUCAAACAGUUCAAGAACGAAGUUGCCUUUACGCUCAAAUAAUCCUUAAGCCCAUUACGUAGUGGUGAAAAAUAUGAAAAUGUUACUUUUUGGAGUUAUUGUCAAAAUAUUCUUUUCAUAAUUUUAGAUUGUAAUGCAGCUAUCAACUACAUUUGAGACCAACCAGAUAAGCCUUAUAAUGUUAUGAGAUAUCUACUUUUAUGGGCAGCACUGUUUGUUUUUGUUUUUCAAGAAUAUUUUGUUUUGAAAAGUUCUGCAUUUAUACUGUAAUGAAGAUCACUUUGAGACCACCUUUGCUGUUACAAUAUCACAUCUUCAUUAUAACAUAAGCUAUUUUCUUCAUGAUUGUAGAUACAAGUUCAGAAUCGAAUCUCGAAGGGUCUGUUAUAGUUAUAGAAUUUUUAUUGUAAAGCAUGAUUUUAAUGAGUAGAAGUGUAGUCGAUAUUGUGCCCACGUGGCUGCCAGUUUGCCAGCUGACAACUAGAUAUCCAUUUCAAGGAGUGUGACCACUAUUAUAAGCCUACCUACGGC